AUGAUUUCUUAUACCAAACGUAAACAAUUGCAGGUAAUGAAAUGGCGAAAAGAUAAAACGAUUCCACUCGCUGAUGUCAUUCAAACUUUUGACGUCUAUGAAAUCACCAAUGGAGGAAACGAAGGAAUCGCUGGUCGUCCUUCUAAACAACGACUCGAGAAUACGUUUGGUACUAGUAACCUUGACGAAGUGAUUGAACAAAUUCUCGAGCAAGGAACCAUUCAUCAUGUAUAUAAUGGUAAAGCGCGCACUGCAAAAGCAAUUAGAAGUAUGACUAAUGAUACUCGCGGAAAGGGUGUUGCAACUGUUUAG